UAUCCCACCAGCCAUGGUCAACCCGCGCGCGAUGUUUCAAGAAGUUGAAGCAGCUCUCACCGAGCAGUGGAAGGGCAAGGUGGCGCGUCCCGAGUUGGACUGGCUGAGCUCGGCCCCCACGCGAUGCCCAACGCCAGAGUUGCUCGCCUUCGGCGACGACCAGGACGCCGACGCGCACAAGGAGAGCUCUUCCGCGCUGCCGAGGGACGGCGACGAGCCAGCGCUCCUCGAGAUGGCGCUGCCUGAGAAGGUCUGCGAUGCCGGCGCCGAGGGUGGCCCCGCUCAGGCGGCUCCGGUCCGAGGCGUUCUGGGAGCAGAAGGUGGCUGCCGCCCGGCGACCGGCGUGCUCGCCUUGGGAGCUGGGCGUGAAGCAGCGCCGCCCGUGCCUCGACGAACGCGGCUGCCUCGGACCAGCGGCGGUCGCAGCGCUGGCCGAAGGAGGCGCCGAGGGCGAAGGCGCCGCUGGCAGCCCCAGGAGCUGGGCGGGCGCCGUCUCCAAGGAACUGCGCCGAGGGGCGCGCAGGCCCGUUGCGCCGCUUGCCCCGCCGCUUGCCCCGCCGCCAGGGUCGCCCUCAGCAGCGCUCGGGGCUGCUCUGAGGUCGCGUGGCCGGUCGUACCGCCCGGUGGGAGCCGGCGGGAGCGGCGACAUGGAGUGAGCUGGAGGAGAGCUGAGGUGCCCUGCCAGCGUCUGGCCGCGUCCAGGGCGAGCCAUGCAUCCGUCUGCCUCAGUGGCAGCCUGGGGCCUGCUGUUUCAGGGUCCAAGAAUUCAUUUUUUUUAAUUGGCGAGCUGUCCUGCUAG